UCUCAAGCGUUCUGAGAUAGACCGAGCCGAGAUUAGACAGACACCGUGCAAUUCGAUCAGGUCUCAAGAACAACAAAAUGACUAGUAGCUUGCUCAAAGACAUCCUGAUCACGCAGCGGGAAGCCUCUGGAAUCACACUAUUGGCAGACUCUGCGGCCGACCCAUUGGGUGCACUGCUGGCUGCCGGGGCGCGCGCCGUCGCCACUCGAGGUCGAGGCGUUGUGCUUGUGGCAAUCGACCGCGCUCCACAGCUGCUCUGCGCGUCGCUCGGACUGACUGGUAUCACUGGACAGCGACCAAUCGUUGUCGAUGCAUUCUCGGAUCCGCUCGGCUGGUCUUCAGCGUCGCGCGGGAACAGCUCGCUCUGCCAAACGUGCGUUUCGAACCUGACGCAACUCGCAGACACGAUUGCCAAGGCCGCUGCUGCAGCAGCAGGAGGAGCAGCCCUGAGCACCGUGUACAUUGAUUCUCUGGCAACGUUAUGUCUGCAUCACUCUGUUGGAGACGUGAGUCGCUUUUUGGCCGCACUCGUCUCGAGCAAUCGCGGCGUGGCAAGUGUUGUGGCACUCGUCCAUCAGGACGUGCUUGCCGCGCUUUCGGAAAGUGCAGAGUCUGCGCUUGCUACACUAGCGUACGUGGCAUCAACCACUGUAACAGUCCAGCCAGGUACUGCGAGUGUGGACGUGCAUCAUCGUCGUAAAACUGGCAAAGUUCUGCGAUCGAACGAAGCCUUCUCGUUCACGUUGGCGCACGAGCUAGUCACGGUUCCAGCGUCAGAGCUCUCGACCACCGGAUCCGCUGGCUCGACGGCAGGAGCCAGUGCCUCAGCGGCCUCGUCGUCGUCUUCAAGUGCAGCAGGCAAGACCAAGCAGCCCGACCCAACGGCAAAUCUCACAUUCAACCUCAGUCUCAAUGCGGCCGAACGGCAAGCACGCCAAAACGUUGUCCUGCCGUACCUUAAAACUGAGGCGGACAAGCGAGCCAUCUUGCGUCAAGACUAUCCUUCGGCGUCCGCCCCGGGAACGAUCGCGUAUGCUGAUGAUACAGAGCCUCCUCGCGUUCACGCAGCGCGACCCGCCGUUGCCUCGAAUAUUGUCUUUGAGCCCGAGGUCGGCGUGGACGAGCUGGAUGAUUUCGGCGACGAGGAAGACCAGGAGGAGGAAGAUCCGGACGAUGAUUUGGACAUUUGAGUCGUGUGCACCAAUAUAGUUUAUUGUAUUUGCG